UGGCGCGCUUUCUAUUUCAGGGUUGAGUUUUAAGAUUUGGAUAUUUGUGCAUGUAUUCGGUGUUUUUUAAAUGAGACAUGAAGUUUUGUUCAUUGCGUUUACAUUAGCAAGAUAACCAUACGAUUUAGAGAUCAGUUGUUCAUUGGAUGAUUAUGUCUAUCUUCGCAAAUCAUGAUGCAGUGCAUAUGGAUCAUGGAGUAUCAGACGAAUCCGUUUUAUAUAAUCAUUCAUAUCUAAUCCCUCCACUAAACCAACUAGAAAAUGAUAUUAUUAAGCCAGAUCCAGAUAUUCUUACAUGUGUACAGUCUAUUAGAUCUCAGUCACCCAGUAAGCAAAUAUAUGAUAUGCUUGAUAGUACAGUUCUUUCUGAUAAUCCUAUCCAAACCACAGUGAGUUCCGUAUGCAAACCUCAAAUGUCACUCAGAUCUACCUCUUGUGACACAAGCAACUCCAAGUUAGAUGUUGAUAUCAAACCUUCGUUCAUUUAUACUGAUAAUGCUCAAGUAAUUAACCAGUCCUUCUUAACAGACUUGCACAGUCAUACUGAUAUUCAUACAAUUUCUUCGGAUACCAACCAUAAUCUAUGUCCCAUUGCUAAUUCAAUUAACAGUAGUCAUCUUCAGGAACUUGCAUAUAACACGCCUCAAAAAUAUUCUCAUAUUUUGCCUCCCGAUGCUCACCAACACCCUGCAUACUCUGAUAGUGUAGUAUCGGAACCAUUCACUUGUCUGCUUGCUUCUGGAAGUUCAGAUGAGAUCGCGUCUUAUUUACCUCAAGUUACAAAAGUUGACACUGAUUCUCUUACUGUUCCUCGGUCACCAGUAUUACGUUUUGUCGAUCAUAAUAAAAUAAAACCUGAAAGCAGAGAAUGUUUCUCUACGCAACAUCCUUCUGAAUUGGCCAGUCAGUCUUCAUCAGCAACUUCUGUAAAUACAGCGAAUUCGAAUCUAGUUUGUGUCAUUUGUGGUGAUAAAGCUAGUGGUAAACAUUAUGGUGUGAUUUCAUGUGAAGGAUGUAAAGGAUUUUUUAAGCGAACAGUUCGUAAACAAUUAGUAUAUGUUUGUCGAGAAUCUGGUCAAUGUCCUGUAGACAUCCGGAAGCGUACACGUUGUCAACAUUGCCGUUUUGAACAAUGCUUAGCAAAAGGAAUGAAGAAGGAAGCUGUUCAAGAAGAGCGUCAUCGUCAACCAUCAUCUAAUUCAGUGCCUUCAAUUUCUAAGACGCCAAAGACUGAAAGGAAAGGUCCUGGACGUCGUUCAGCAUUUAGUAAUAAAUCUGUUGAGUCAAUUUCUACUGAUCAACAAGCAACCUGUAAUCAAGAUUCAAUACCUUGCAGUGCUACCACUACUACUACUACUACUACAUCUACUGACUGUAUACAACCUGAUCAAGUUAAAUCAGAAAGUUGUUCAACUAAUUGUAUUAGAUCUAAUAAUGUAUUACUGUCUGAUGAAGUAGAUCUACCUAAUUUGACAUUACGAUGUUUACUUACAGCUGAAUUAAGCAUGGAUCCUAAAUUGGCUGUAUCCGAAAGAGGUGAAGCAAUUUAUGAAGAUAUACCUGGUGAUGAUGAUACUGGUUUACAUCCAUUGACUAUAAUCUGUCAGUCUGUUGAACAACAAUUACCUAGAAUAGUGAACUGGGCACGUCAAUUGCCAGUGUUUUCAUCUGCCUAUCUUAGUUUUGAUGAUCAGUUCUGUUUAAUCAAAGCUGCUUGGCCUGAAUUAGUUCUAAUUAGUUCAGCGUAUCAUUCAACUGUUAUUAGAGAUGGUCUACUUUUAUCGAUUGGACGUCAUCUUGGAAGAGAAGUGGCUAGAUCACAUGGUCUAGGACCUCUUGUAGAUAGAAUUCUUCAUGAACUUGUUGCACGUUUUCGUGAUUUAUCUUUACAACGAACUGAAUUAGCUUUGCUACGUGCUAUUAUUCUUUUUAACCCUGACGCUAAUGGCUUAUCCUCACGCCAUCGCGUAGAAGCUGUAAGAGAGCAGCUUUAUUCAGCUCUUCAUUCUUAUUGUACAAGUAAUCAACCACAGGACACUUCCCGUUUCACAAAAUUAUUACUAAGAUUACCUCCUCUACGAUCUAUCGCAUACAAAUGCCUUGAACAUUUGGUAUUUGUCAAGUUAGCGGCUGAAGAUCCAACAAGUUGUCGUCUAAUCAAUCUUGUUGAGCAUGGUGUAUGGCCUAUACAAGAGAAAAGUUUUGAUCUUGUCACAUUACCAUCAAAUAGUGCCUCGACAGACUCGAUCCCAAGUCAAAUUACCAUGGCGAGUCAACCUACUCCCCAGUAUAUUCAACGUCAAGACGACAAUUCAAUACCAACUAGUAGUCAUACUGAUCUCUCCUAUAAACACACAUUGCCAAAUUUUCAUACAGUUCAUAAUUAUCCAUUUUGAAAAUGCCAACUAUCAAAGAUGAGGAAGAAGUAGUCAUUAAGCUUUCAGAAAUCUUAAGCUAUCACAAUGAUUAUUUACCAGAUCUCAUGUUAUAUCUAUCGACUGCUACCUCAUCAAUUAUACAUGAUUAUUAUUUUUUACUAAAAAUAACUUUUCGAUCAGUUAGUUGUCUUUUCUUUCGUUUUCUUUUCAUGGUCCAGUUUAAGAACUAAGAUGUUUGCAAUUAUUUCAAUUUGUGUAUGUAUAUUUUACAAUUAACACCAAGUGAGAAUAGGGUAGAUAAAUAAUGUAUUGCUCAAUCAUAAAUUCUAUCUAUGGCUUUUUAUUCUUUACCUGAAACUUGUGUUGCUCACAUUUUCUCUGAUACUAAAGAUUGUUAUUUCAUAAUUGUUGAUUUUGUAUAGUUACCAUAGGUUUGUAUAUAUAUUUAUAUAUGUAUGUAUGUAUAUUUUUUAAAAGUUCUUUUAGUACAAGCCUUUUUAAUUUUAUAUUUGAGUACUCAUUGUAUGAAUG